AUGCCGACAAAUAUCUUCAUAUCAAAUACAACUGAUUUAACACUCGAUCUUUCAAUCAAAACUUCAUUGAAACGAUCAAUGUCAUCAAUAAAAGCAACAACAGUUGAUAAUGUUUCACCAUCAUUAACUACUUCUGAUCCUGGUGGUGGUAAUAAUUCAAUAAUAGAUAAUGAUGAAGUUAAAAUCUUCGAAUGUGAGACACAUGAAGAAGAUGUUGAUAUUGACGAUGAUGGUACGGAUAAUGGUCGACUUUCACCUGUCAUUAAAGAAGAAGAAUCAUCACCACAACAAGCUUCGUCUACAAAUCUUACUGAUCGUUUAAACAGUGAACAACAAUUCCAUAGCUUUUUCCCAUAUUUUAUAUCACCAUAUUAUCAUCCAAGUAAUGGAUCACAAUCUUUGGAUAAAUUGGCUUCAUUAGAAUCUUUAUCAAAAUUCAUGUCUCCACCACCAGCUCAUAUAUCCAAUUCUAAUUUAAGCCUUGACCAAAAUACAGGUAUGCACAAUUCAAUCUAUCCGCUACCAUCACCAGCUUCUUUUCAAUCACCAUAUUCGGAACAUUGGCGUCCACAUAUGUUUCCAUUUGUAUUUCCGCCAAACUAUCCAUUACCUCAAAGUUCUUCAUCUCAUUCAGCUUCACCGACACAAAAACGAUCAACAAAUAUUCGACGAAUUAUGGAAGACAAUUCUCAACAACAACAACAACAACCUAAACAAUCUUUAUUUCACGAGGAUCAUAAGCAAAAACGAUCUCAUAUUAAAAAGCCGUUAAAUGCUUUUAUGUUAUUUAUGAAAGAACAGCGAGCACAAGUUGUGCAAGAAUGUACACUGCGUGAAAGUGCUGCAAUAAAUCAAAUUCUGGGACGAAAAUGGCAUGAACUUGAUCGUAAUGUUCAACAAAAAUAUUAUGAUAUGGCACGUGAUGAACGUAUAAGACACAUGCAACUAUAUCCUGGAUGGUCAGCAAGGGAUAACUAUGGUGCAAGGAAAAAACGAGGAAAUAAAGGGAAAAAACGAGAAAAAAAUCAAGGUGAAAAUGGAGAAUGUCUCAAUCAAAAGAAAUGUCGAGCUCGAUUUGGUCUUGAUCAACAAGCUAAUUGGUGCAAACAUUGCAAACGAAAGAAAAAAUGUUUGCGUUAUACAGAAAAUGAAACAACAUCUAUUGGUGUUAGCUCAUGGAGCGAAGAAGACGAUACAGAUAAUAUUGAUGAUUCAAAUGAUUGUGAUGUUAUUCCAAUAAUGGAACAUAAUAAUAAUAAUAAUAAUAAUAAUAAUAAUAAUAAUAAUAAUUUAUCUAUUCAUACAGGAAUAUCGAAAGAUCCCGAUGAAGAAAAUAAGUCACGUUUAUUAAAAUAUCAACAAAUGUCAAAUUCACUUGAGCAUAAUCCAACCAACAAGAUGUCUAUGGCGAUGUCAAUGAUGACAUCAAGAAAAGAUUCCUCAUCAUCAUCAUCAUCUUCACAAGUUUCUUUUCUUCAACCAUCCCAUCAAUAUCCAUAUUAUGAUUCGUUUUUAUCAGCAACGUCGAUGCCAAUCUUAAAUGAAUUUAAACGAGAAACAUAA